GGGAUCCGGAGCGGCGGAGCGCAGCGGGGCUGAGCUGCUCCAGGUCGGCAGGUUAGCAGCCAUGUCAGCGGAGGAAUGACUGGAGGCUGCAGAGACGGAGGAAGGAUGAUCCGGAGAUGUUUACUAACGUUCAAACCGUUCAGGAUAUUUGUGGUGGGGGUGGGCUUCUUCAGCCUGUGCUUUCUAAUGACCUCUCUGGGGGGGCAGUUCUCAGCCAAGAGACUGGGAGACUCCCCGUUCACCAUCCGUACAGAAGUGCUGGGGGGUGUGGAGUCACGCGGCGUGCUGAAGAAGAUCAGCGACAUGUUGGAGGUGAUUCUAAAGCGGAUGGACACCCUGUCCAAACUGGACAACAGCUCCAUGGUGGAUGCAAAACGCUUGGAGGAGCUCAGCUCUGCUAUCAACAGGUUCCAACCAGCUGGCCUGGUGGAGAGGAUCCAAGCUAUAGCUCAGAAUGUUUCAAACAUGGCCGUCAGGAUGGAGCAGAUACUGCAAACGAGCAUGAUGCAAGGCAGAGCGCUGAGAGACGGCACAGCGAGUCAGUGUGAAGUACCGAGGGAUAGCCGCUUUCCUGAAUGCCCCGGAAAAGUAGAUUGGAUGCGUGCUCGGUGGACAUCGGACCCUUGCUACGCCUUCUACGGCGUUGAUGGUUCUGACUGUUCCUUCCUGAUCUACCUGAGUGAAGUGGAGUGGUUUUGCCCCCCGCUGCCCUGGAGGAACCACACAAACACCCCCACCCAGCACACUCAGCACAUAAAAAGCCCUAAAAGACAAGCUGCCUUCCGUACCGACCUCUCUGUUCUGCUGGAUCAGGUCGGCGGUGGAAAAGAGUCUCUGAGCUUCAUGAAGCGCCGGAUCCGACGGCUCGCACCUCAGUGGGCAACGGCCGCCAACCGCCUAGAUGUCAAACUCGGGCAACGUUGGAGGGACCAGAAGAGAAUCCUGAUUCAUGUGGGGUUCCUGACAGAGGAAUCAGGAGACGUUUUCAGCCCAAAGGUUCUGAAGGGAGGACCUCUGGGGGAAAUGGUCCAGUGGGCCGACAUCCUGACUGCCCUCCAUGUUCUGGGACACAAUCUAAAGAUCUCCAUGUCUGUUAAAGAGCUUCAAGGGUUUCUCGGAGUGCCUCCUGGUAGAGGUAGCUGCCCACUCACUGGUCCGCUGCCCUUUGACCUCAUUUACACGGACUACCACGGCCUGCAACAGAUGAAGCAACACAUGGGUCUCUCCCUCAAGAAACACAAAUGUCACAUCAGGGUUAUUGACACAUUCGGGACGGAGCCAGCUUACAACCAUGAAGAGUACGCAACCCUGCAUGGCUAUCGGACCAACUGGGGCUACUGGAACCUGAACGCCCGGCAGUACAUGACCAUGUUCCCCCACACACCAGACAAUUCCUUCAUGGGCUUUGUUUCAGAGGAACUAAACGAGACGGAGAAGAGGAGCAUCCAGCAGAACAAAGUCAACAACAUGGCUGUGGUGUAUGGAAAGGAAGCCAGCAUGUGGAAGCUUCAGCAGGGCAAAGAGAGUUUCCUGGAGAUCCUUCACAGGUACAUGGAGGUCCACGGUACGGUUUACUAUGAGACCCAGAGGCCGCCGGAGGUCCCGGCCUUCGUGAAGAACCACGGGCUGCUGCCCCAACAUGAACUGCAGCAGCUCCUCCGUAAGGCCAAGCUCUUUAUUGGUUUUGGGUUUCCAUAUGAAGGCCCCGCCCCUCUUGAAGCCAUAGCCAAUGGUUGCAUCUUCCUGCAGCCUAAGUUCCAGCCCCCCCACAGCUCACUGAAUCAUGAGUUCUUCCGAGGAAAGCCUACAUCUCGACAGGUUUUCUCCCAGCACCCUUAUGCAGAGCAGUACAUCGGCAGACCGCACGUCAUGACGGUCGACUACAACAACUCGCUGCAGUUUGAAGCUGCCAUCCAGGAAAUCAUGAGGACAAAGGUUGAGCCGUAUCUGCCUUAUGAGUACACCUGUGAGGGGAUGCUGGAGAGGCUGCAUGCCUACAUUCAGCAUCAGGACUUCUGUGUGCCGCAGCCUCCCUUCAUCUCAGCCAAUUUAUCCAGACUGGGAUCAGCUAGUGGCAGCCAGGUAAUCGGACCUCUGUUUGUGCCCCUGCCCAACUCCACGGCCCUUGGCUGGGCAUCCAACGCCACGGCUCCCACGGCCUGGCCGCCGCUCAGCUCCCUCAGACUGCUGGUGUCUCAGGAGGGCCAGUCUUGUGUUGAAGCUUGCCAGUCAGCGGGUUGGAUCUGUGAACCUGCUCACUUCCCCUUCAUUAACAACAAGGACGCUCUGCGAGGGUUGGAGGUGCAGUGCGAGGUGGUGGACUCUGAGAUCAACCACAUCCUUCCAGCCUUUUCCGUGAUGCGGCGGGAGUGCAGUCUUCAGAGGGAGCCGUUACUCUUCAGCUGCGCGGGUCACUCUCCUAAAUACCGACGCCUCUGCCCCUGCAGGGACUUCCUUGGAGGACAGGUGGCGCUCUGCAGAGACUGCCUAUAAUAACGAGACACAUGUCUAACAAGAAGCUAAAUGGGAUAAAUUUAAAGAGUUGCUGUUUGAUGAAUUUAUUCUGAUGACUGCAGCAGCUGCAGACGGCGGUCAGACUGAAGACAAAAAGCUUUACAUUAUCUGCACAGUGAAAAAACAUCAACUGAUUUAUUCUGAAUCUUCACCUCUGUAAUAUCGGGGGUAUGGAUUCACUCCAUGAUGGAGUCGUCAUGGAGAUGGCACCCUCGGGUCAGCAUCCACCCUCCAGUCGGCAGUCAGACAGAGGAUGACGGACAGCCAGCUUAUCUCUGCUGUCCAUCCUUUCUUCCAGCGGCGGAUAUUUCUCAGACUUCUGAGGCUGCAUCCGUCGCAGCGAUCAUCACUGAGAACAAAGGACAAACACACAGGGCAGCUCACAAGAUUAUUUUUCAAUAAAUAAACCUUCAAAUCUCUCCGUUGGGUUUUUAAGGUCUUUGGACUUUGUGAUGGAAAAGUCAUAAAUAAAUAAAAAUCUGAAUGAUUCAGUUUAA